AUGGCGAUCAUCGGGUCUGGGCCAGCAGGUUUCUACACAGCAUACAAGGUGAUGGCCCGGGUACCACAGGCAAAGAUAGACAUGUACGAGGCUCUUCCUGUUCCAUACGGUCUUGUAAGAUUCGGGGUGGCUCCUGAUCACCCGGAGGUUAAGAACUGUCAAGAAAAGUUUGAAGAAGUCGCCUCAUCGCCCAACUUCCGCUUCCUGGGCAACGUUUCCGUCGGUAAUCCGCUGGCCACCCCUGGAAGCAGCAAGGUUGAUCUUGCCACUAUACUCAGCCACUACCAUGCGGCAACCUUCGCUUACGGUGCGGCGGAGGAUCGCGUUCUAGGUAUCCCUGGAGAGAACUUGAAGGGGAUCUUUUCUGCCAGAGAGUUUGUGGGGUGGUAUAACGGUCUUCCGGAGCAUGCGGGUCUAGACCCAGAUCUCGAGUCUGGUGAUACCGCCACGAUCAUUGGGCAAGGAAAUGUUGCUCUCGAUGUGGCGAGAAUUCUCUUGACUGAUGUUGAUGCCCUGCGGAAGACUGACAUUACUGAGGGCGCAUUGGAUAAGCUAUCCAGGAACAGAGUCAAGAGGGCCGCAUUCACCAUCAAAGAGGCUCGCGAGUUGAUGAAACUCCCGAAUGUGGCCUUCCAACCAAUUCAAGAAGGCCUUAUCCCAUCCGACCUUUCCAGUCUCCCAAGGCCAACAAAGCGGCUCAUGAGUCUCCUCCAGUCGGGAUCAGACACUCACUCAUCUACAGCGGACAAGAAAUGGUCACUGGAAUUCUGCCUAACCCCCAAUAAGUUCGUCGCCAACGGGAGCGAUCCCAACCGUCUAACCAGCGCAAUCUUUGAACGAACGGCUCUUUCUUCAGUGUCAGAUCCACAUGCAAGCGCUGUCGGGACCGGGGAAUACGUUGAGUUCGAGUCGUCGCUCGUGUUUAGAUCUAUAGGCUAUAAAUCUCUAGCGUUACAAGGGUUCGAAGAGGCCGGGAUUCCGUUUGACCAUAAGCGCGGUGUUAUCUUGAACGAUGGUCUAGGGCGAGUUGUUCGAGACACCACGACAAAGCAGCCUGUCUCUGGAAUCUAUUGCGCCGGUUGGGUCAAGCGGGGCCCUACUGGCGUAAUUGCUUCUACGAUGCAAGAUGCCUUUGCCACGGCCGAUACGAUCGUGGAAGACCUCAAUGCUGGCGCACCUUUCCUCAACUCCGGGGCUAGGUCUGAGCUUGCCGGAUGGGAAGGAGUCAAGGCGGACACCCCGAGUGACAAUAUCCCCCACGUCGUUAGUUGGAAGGACUGGCAGCUCAUUGAUCGGGUUGAGAAGGAAAGAGGUGCUGAAUCCAACCGGGAGCGAAUCAAGUUCACGAACACUAGAGAUAUGCUCGCUGUUCUGGACUAA